GCCGCCGCCGCCGCCGCCCGCGAUGUGCAAGGCCAUGAGCAAAGCAGCGAGCUGGGAGAUGGACGGACUGCGCGGCGACAGCAGCGGCGGCAGCGGCGGCGGCGGAGCCCCCGGGCAGUGCCGUAACUUUCUCUCCUCGCCUGUUUUCGGGGCGGCGCACACGGGCCGAGCGGCCGCCGCCGCCGCUGCCGCCGCCGCCGCCUCGGGUUUUGCCUACGCCGGCGGAGGGGAGCGCUCGGGGGCGGCGGCGAGGCCCGACCCCCCGACCAAGGACUGCCCGGGCUCCACCACGCCGGCCGCCGCCCCCGCGCUGGGCUAUGGGUAUCACUUUGGCAAUGGAUACUAUAGCUGCAGGAUGUCCCACGGGGUCGGGAUACAGCAAAACGCCCUGAAGUCUCCCCCCCACGCCUCCAUUGGCGGCUUUCCCGUGGAAAAGUACAUGGACGUCUCCAGCUUGACCAGCACGAGUGUCCCCGCCAAUGAAGUCUCCUCCAGGGCAAAGGAAGUGUCCUUCUACCAGGGCUAUACAACCCCCUACCAGCACGUUCCUGGGUACAUAGACAUGGUCUCAACGUUUGGCUCUGGGGAACCGAGACACGAAACAUACAUAUCAAUGGAGGGCUAUCAGUCUUGGACUCUGGCUAAUGGCUGGAAUAGUCAGGUUUACUGUGCCAAAGAUCAGACACAGAGCUCGCACUUCUGGAAAUCGUCCUUUCCAGGGGACGUUGCACUAAACCAGCCCGAUAUGUGCGUCUACCGGCGUGGGAGGAAGAAGCGAGUGCCGUACACAAAACUGCAGCUUAAAGAACUCGAGAAUGAAUAUGCCAUUAACAAGUUCAUUAACAAGGACAAGAGGCGAAGGAUAUCCGCAGCCACAAACCUGUCUGAGAGACAAGUUACCAUUUGGUUUCAGAACAGGAGGGUGAAGGAUAAGAAAAUAGUCUCCAAACUGAAAGACAACGUAUCCUGAUACAUUAAUUGCGGACAGUGAUGAAAAUAUAAACUCAAUUUACCACCAGCUAAAGACUUUAGAAAAGACUUGAAAAUAUAUUUAAUUUUUUUGUCCUUCCAGGGGUGGCGAAAUUUCGGGAAUUGUUUUCCGUGAAAGUCAGCUUUUUUCUCUCAGUGUAAGGGAGUGUUGACAAGUCUUGAAUUGAAUUAUAGUCUCUUCUUUUUGAAAAUAAUAAUAAUAUUAAUAUUAAUUAUAUUUUCUGUUCUUCCCUCUAGGCCAGUAUAAACGAAUUUAAAUAUGUUGAACGGUAAAAGCUAUAAUUUUUUUGUAAUGCUUAAGUCUUUGGGGGGUACUCUGUGAUUUUUUUUUUUUUUUUUUUUAUUUUUUUUAUUUCCUCUGAGCAACAGCCAGUGCCAGAAAGUGUCAGUUUUGAUUUGGUAUCGUAAACUUCAAAACACACCGAGUGAAAAAAAAAAUCAAUCGGAAAUACAAGAAAGCCGGAAUACAGACCCGUGGCAGCACCCGGCUUCUGCCAAACUUGCCUGGUCCACUGGGACCCGGAGAGAAUUGAGUGGAGGGUUCCUGGCUGCAGCAGAAUUUUGAAUUACUUUGUCGAGGAAGGGAGAACCUCUCCGAGCAGUUGUGGGGCGCAGAAUCGCAGGCGCGUCCCACCGCGCUCCCCGCUCCUGCAGGUUUGGGGUUGAGCUUGGGUUUGUGCGUUUUGUCCGCCGCAGUUUCGUUUUCAGUGCAAGGAGUCCGCGCUGCCCGGCUGCAAAAGGAGCCCCGGCCGGAAAAGGGAAUCUCUCGUGUCCCGGGCAGGGCUGCGAGGCUGAGUGCUCCGCGGAGGCGCAGAUCGCGGUGCCCCGGGGCAGCGCUUUGGGCAGGACGGCUUGGGCAGCUCGGCCUGCAGCCAGAGGAGAGGCUGCCCCUGCAGAGGUGUGUAUCGACCUGCACAGACCUGGCGGGGAAUGUCCCCUCUGCCCCGUUUGUCUGGACCAGCUCAAGAUUCUUCUACUUCCUCACGCCCAAAAACUCCUUGAUGGACAAGCGCAGGUCACUGCUAGGGUUUUAAUUUACAAAACUAAACGGGUGUUUAUGACAGAAGCAAUAAAUAAGGAAAUCCAAAAGAUGCCAUAAUUUAUAUGGGCCGAAAGGCUAAGAUUUUGUCAAUUUUUUUAUUAUUUUAAACCUAGUGUGCAUGUUAUGAUAUACACAGGGUGAUCAGACACGCUAAUCAACAACUAGGAGAGAGAAGGGGUGUCCUCUCUGUUAAUGUGCCUCAUCUAAUUAUUAAAAUGUGUUCCAAACUAGUAUUAUUUAUUAUAAUAUACUAUUGCUCUAAACAUUUUGAUUACCCUUGUAUGUGGUAAGACAUACGAUAAACCUAU